AUGCGCAACAGAGCGACCACGCCGCUCAAGAUCAAGAGGCAAGGUCGUGAUCAGAUCAAACUCCGGCAGUCUUGGAGCAAAUACAACCUCUAUAACCUUUCGCGACUGGCAAAUCCAUCGUACAAGUUCAGAAAUUUUUUCCAGACGAAAUGGAACGCGAAAUCGGUCGCACGAAAGUAUCAUGGGGAGCAGGUCCCAGAAAAACAGUGGGUGCGGAUGUUCGACAGACGGAUUAGAUCUGUGAUUCCUAUGGACGUCAAAUACCUGGCGUCUAAUGAUGGAACACUUGAAUCGGCCGGACGCGGUUCCGGCCUGGAGCGGCGAGGGGACAGGUCAAGCAGAAAGGCCAAAGCGGCCUCCACGGCCGAAGUCCCGUACAUGCAAAUGACAUUUGCCCCCCUGGAAAGGAGACUAGAUACUGCCAUCUUCCGGGCCAUGUUUGCAAGCAGUGCUCGUCAAGCGAGACAGUUUGUUAUCCACGGCGCUGUUAAGGUGAACGGCAAAGAGAUGCGCUAUUCCGGCUACCAGCUCAACCCCGGAGAUAUGUUUCAGGUUUUACCAGAACGAGUUAUGUUUGCCACCGGGCAACCGAAACCCUCGCCAAAGGCUCAAAGUAAAACCGAGGACGCAAACAAUGAAGAAGAUGCUCCCGUGGAGAACGAGAGUGUGGCCGACGAGAACGAAGCGGCCGAGGGCGAGGACGAUGCGGAUGUUGACAUUGAGCGCGAUCCGCGGGAAAUCUUGAAAGACCUGCAAGCGCAGGCCAAGAGCAUACUCUCGUCCUCGAAACAGGACCUUGGGGCAAAGAAGAAAAAAGAUUUGAGGGCUUUUGCCAAAACCGUCAAACGCCUUCUAUCGAAAUCAUCGAAGUCAUCCACCAUUAUGACGGACAGCGUCGAGGCGCAAUUCGCAGAGCUCCAAAAUCAGCUCAACAUUCGGAGAGAGAACCAGGCCGCGGGCACUUCAUCCCUACCUUCCGCGCAUGACGAGGUGUCAGGAUCCUCGAAGUCGUCAGACACAUCAGCGGUGGCAGAGGCCAGUGAAACAUCUGCAGACGCUGACAAAGGUGCGAGCAGCUUGACGGAUGGCGAGUACAAUGAGCUUCUUCAAGCCCUGCAGUCCAUGCACGAGAACCCUGUCGACGAUUCGAAGCCGUAUGCGACCCCGUGGAUGCCUCGUGAUUAUAUGAGCGCAUUUGCUUUCAUCCCCAGGUAUCUGGAGGUCAACCACAGAAUUUGCGCGGCGGUAUACCUAAGGCAUCCUGUGGCAAGGCCAGGUCUGGCCGAGGUUCCGAGUCCUUUCUCGGACAGCGUCCAUACCGAUGCCUUUGGAUGGUAUUUGAAAAGGAGAUGA